AUGUCGCCCAGCCCUCUACCAAACAUUGAGGUCCAAAACCUCUCUUACAAGUUCCAAGAUGGCUCCGACGGUCUACAGGAUGUGGGCAUGAGCCUUCCGGCUGGUAGUCGAACUCUUCUCAUUGGUGCAAACGGAGCGGGCAAGACCACCCUCCUUCGUCUACUGUCAGGCAAACGCCUGGCACCCAAUGAUACCAUUGCGGUUGGUGGCAAAGACCCCUUCAAAGACAGCCUAGAUGGCGUCACCUACUUGGGUGUAGAGUGGGUGUUGAACAGCAUUGUUCGCACUGAUAUUGAUGUUCCAACUCUUCUCGCUUCGGUGGGCGGCAACGCCUAUCCCGAGCGUCGAGACGAGCUAGUCGAUAUCUUGGAUAUUGAUUUGCGCUGGCGCAUGCAUGCCGUCUCAGACGGCGAGCGUCGUCGUGUCCAGCUGGCCAUGGGUCUUCUGCGACCUUGGCAGGUUCUGCUGUUGGAUGAGAUCACGGUCGACUUGGAUUUGCUGUCUCGAAGCAAUUUCCUUGCUUUCUUGAAGCGCGAGACGGAGACGAGAGCUUGCACCAUCGUCUAUGCUACUCAUAUCCUCGACAAUCUCGCCCAAUGGCCGACCCAUCUGGUCCAUAUGCAUUUGGGUAAGGUCAAGGCGCUGGGAACUGUUGAGUCUUUCCACGAGCAGGUCCCUGAAUGGACCUCUGAGAACAGCCGACUUGGUGAGCUGGUCCUCAAGUGGCUGAAGGAGGACAUGGCAACUAGAGGCCCUCGGAAUGGGCGUGGAAACCAGGGUAAGACCUACCAGUCGCUUGAGGGCAUUGGUGGUUAUGGAUUGGAGAAGCACGCCGAUAAAUGA